AUGUCCUUAGAUUUUAAUGAAGACGAAACCUUUUGUAAAUUAUUGUUUGGAUAUGUAGCCGCCCAAUCAAAUUCAUUAAUAAGCGAACAAUAUAAUAAAGUCCAAGAAAUACUACACCAAAUUGACCAAAUUGACACACGCAAAAUUGAUGAAAAAUUAGAAGAUCAAUUUCAAUUAAAUAAAGCCGCACUCAAAGAGAUAGAUUUAAAGAACUUUAGUGAAAAAGUUAAUAACUACAAUAGUAAUUAUAAUUAUUUCAAAGCCCUUUCCUCAAACAUAAAUAUUAAUAAUUAUAAUAUUAAUUAUAAUAUUAAUAUUAAUAAUAAUAAUAAUAAUACCAAUAACAAUAGCAAUAAUAAUAAUAAUAUUAAUAUUUAUAAUAAUAAUAACAAUAAUAAUAAUAAUAAUAAUAAUAAUAACAAUAAUAAUAAUAAUAAUAAUAAUAACAUUAAUAAUAAUAAUCAUAAUAACAAUAAUAAUAAUAAUAAUAAUAAUAAUAAUAAUAAUAAUAAUAAUAAUAAUAUUAGCAUUAAUAAUAAUAAUAACAAUAAUAAUAAUAAUAAUAUUAAUAUAAAUAAUAAUAAUAAUAAUAAUAUUAAUAUUAAUAUUAAUAAUAAUGGAGGGGUAAGAAAAAGAAGAUUAAUCAGAAGAAGAAAUUGGUAUACUAGUAUCGAUAAUAAUAAUAACAAUAGAUAUAGCCCAUACAUGGUACACAGUCACGAAUUAAAUGAACAAUAG